GUCGUCUGCGUUGCCAUGGCGACGGAUGUUCUGAAUACGUAUGUCGUCUGCAGGUAAAAAUGCCUCAGUCUGAUCAUAUCAGGGCUCUGUACUGUACCAGUAGCCAGCGUUACCUGCGACGAGUGUCAUUUCGCAUUUACUGUUAUGUGUUGUGUUUAUAAUAAUACAGAAUUGUCGCUACAGUUUUGUGCCAUGAAAAGCAACGAUACAUUAGCAAGCAGCACAUGCAGACAACUAUACAGGUGGAUCACAGAGAUGCAGACAGGCGUGACAGGCACACCGUCAGUCUCUUAAACAAACCACGGACCCAUCAACAUGGAAGACUACGUACGGGAGGAAUGGGUGGAGUCGUCCCCCCAGGAGCGGGAACACUGGCUGAACAAAAGCUGCGGCCAUUUCGAGUCGGAGGUCCGGGGCCUGGUUCCGCCCGGGUUCCUGGAGGAGUUCGCGGACAGACUUGAUGACGUCGUGACGAGGUGGAACCGCGCGCACGGCAGGCUGUUCGGUCACGUGACGUCCCGUCAGCAGGUCCAGGAGCUGGUCACGUGGGACCUGGAGCAGGCGACAGAACAACGCCGUCAAGCUGACAACGGUCCCCUUCAGAAGUUCCAGUACCUUCUCUUCAUCUUCGACACUCUGUUGGGAGAUUUUCGUACCGGCAUCUUCCUCCCUCUGAGGGACUUCUUCUGGACACAGGACGGCGGCAACACCCAUCUUCAACAGGUCCGCCACGCUCUGGAGCAGUCCGUGUUGGCUUGGCGGCAGCUCCUGCGGCCUGGUCCCGUCAACACUGCCCUGCUCACACGAGCAAGUCAGGAGAUCGUGGACGAGGUUGUGAUGACGUAUUCCGAAGAGUAUGACGUAAUAUUACGGCUGAUUCCGGACAUUCACGAGAAGACGUUCGAGUGCCUCCGACUGGCGAGACGGUGGAAAACAGCGUACAAGGCGGGCACUGCAGAGGAGCCCCGAGUCGCCAGAGGGAGCCCUUACGAGGGCCGUUUGUUGAAACGAGGAUCCGAACCCGUCAACAGACUGCCAAGUGCCAUUGGCCAAAGAGAUGCGCGGAUAUCAUCCGGCCGUGGCGGCGACUUUGUGCAUCCUACCAACGGCAGUCAUAGUCGUCAAUCCAGCGGCAUCGUUCGCACAACCAUUGGUAAAAUCCAGGAGAAAUACGUCGAAGACGAGUACGAGGAAUUCAUAGAAGAGCUCUCCCGUUCCCGGUCCUCCAGCAUAGCGAUACCUCAACAGAAGCUAGUCGAAGACGAAUACGAAGAAUUCAUCUUAGAGCAAGAAGGCCGACAGAAACGGUCUCACACGACAAACAGUCUACCCGACGUGCUGGUCAAUCUUAACGCCAAGAAGAUCCAGCAGCUCAACAGCACUUCAUCAAGCAAAAACAACCCGUCUAGCAGGGAGGGUGCACGGACUGUGAGACAGAGUCUACCCAACAUUCUGUCAGCGCGCACUGAAAAGGAAGACGAACUCAGUAAAGCCGAGAGAGACGCCGUCUUAAGAAAGAUGUGCAGAGAGAAGCGCAUCUGUGACCAGAUAGCCGCCCAGAUGACCGAAGUUAAAGUCAAGUACGACAAACUAAAGGAAAACUCACUGGUACUGGAGAAACAGACCAAACAGUACAAGACAGAUUUCGAGUUCAUCGAGGCUCACGAGAACUUGGCUAAGGUUCAGGAACAGAUGAACAGGGCCAUCAAAAUUUACAACAGGAAGAAAGAAGUGUACGAUCAGGCGAGAAGGAGGUGGGAGGAGUGCAGGAAAUGUCUGGAUGAGCUGGAAAGGACCGGCAGGCUGGAAAAGGAACUAGAGAAAAUGGCAGACAAGAGGCAAGUUCAUGGGAAAGUCACAAAUGCAAGAUCCUGA